CCGUACGCCAACCAGCCGACAGUGAAAAUCACAGAGCUGACGGACGAAAAUGUGAAGUUUGUCAUCGAGAACACGGACCUCGCAAAAAUUCAGUUGAAAUCGAGCCAUUUGAGUUGAAUUGGUCCGUCUCUGAAAAAACGUGGCAUUUGGAUUUCCCAGGAAACACUGGUUUUCGUGACGUCGCGUGCAGGACGCCUCCCUCUGAAUCCUACGUCAGCGCUGGUUUGUUUAUGAGAAAACGACCUGGUGGUUUUCUGCAAAUUUCUUCAACGUUAUUGCGUAAUUAUUAAAAUGGUUAACAGAUGUAUCAUAGGAGGGUGUAGCGACACCAAUCUUGAUGGGAUUAGUACUCAUCGUUUUCCAAAAGACCGGACAAUGAGAGAGAACUUCGCGCGAGGCACCUGGAAAAAGCCGAGGACCAAAGCAGAGCCGAGAAAAAGACCAAGAAAAUCGGCGAUUCACAAGUUGACUGUUGCCAGGCGUUGCCAACUCCAUCAGGCGAGUGUUCAUGUCUGAGGUUCCAACCAUCGCAAUCGACUGGGUUCAGAUCGACGCCAAUUCUUCAGUUCUCCAUGACGAGUUCAUCGCACACAGAGUGGGGCUCAUACCGCUGACCAGCGAUGACAUCGUAGACAAAAUGCAGUACUCAAGAGACUGCACGUGCGAUGAUUUCUGUCCAGAAUGCUCAGUCGAACUCACGCUGGAUGUGAGAUGCACGGAAGAUCAGACGCGUCAUGUGACUUCACGGGACCUGCUGUCAAAUAACCCUCGAGUUAUCCCUGUGACGUCCAGAAGUCGAGAUAACGACCCCAAUGACUAUGUAGAGCAGGACGACAUCCUGCUGGUGAAGCUCCGAAAAGGCCAAGAGCUCCGACUCCGAGCGUACGCCAAGAAAGGCUUUGGGAAGGAACACGCCAAGUGGAACCCGACAGCAGGGGUGGCUUUCGAGUACGACCCGGAUAAUGCUCUGAGACACACGGUGUACCCCCGUCCUGAGGAAUGGCCAAAGAGUGAGUACUCGGAGCUUGAAGAGGAAGAAGUCCAAGCUCCAUACGACCCCAACGGCAAACCAGAGCGGUUUUACUAUAACGUCGAGUCGUGCGGUUCUCUCCGACCCGAGACGAUCGUGAUGUCCGCGCUCGCUGUGCUCAAAAAGAAACUGAGCGACCUGCAGACGCAGCUGAGCCACGAGAUCCAGACCGACGUCCUCACCAUCAAUUAAGCGGAGUUAGGAGAGUUCAUGCACUCGGGUGCAGAGAGAGAGAGAGAGAUUUGUGGAGAGAUGAUGUACAGUAGGAAUUAUGUAGGUUUUUUUUAUUUGUUGGAUGUGGGUGGUGGGGAGCGCAUGCUGAUGAAUCAAUAAAUAGUCUUGAUGAAAGGAAAA